UCUUAGCAGCUGUUUUCGCAUCCAUUCCAGUCGUUCCGCCCUGCGUUGUUUGCAUCUUUGGUUUCCUGGAGCUUUAUUUCGCUGAACAUGAAACCGCUGCAGCUAUCCUUUUUGUAUUAACUAGUGUGGCACCGAAAGUAUUCGCUGAUACUGCAUUUUAUAAUGAGCUAAGGGGAAGCCAUCCUUAUGUUACUGGUCUGGCAGUCAUCGGUGGAAUGUAUUGGCUUGGAUUGCAAGGCGCUAUUAUCGGCCCAAUUCUGCUGUGCUCGAUGAUCGUUCUUCUGAAUGUUUACGCGAAAUUUGCUUAUGCAUAA